UCAUCAGCACCGAGCCACAAGGAGGGUUCACCUACCCCUGGUCCUUCUGGGUAUCUUCAGCGAAAGGCCACAAGCACAGUCCCUUCAAGGCACGGCUCACAGCACUUGGUGGCCUGGAACUUUUCCGUGGCAUCUCUUGUGCAACUAGCUGUAAAACCAGACAUUGACAUGGCUGAGAGAACCCCCAGCCUACCCAACAAUGUGGAAAAAUGUCCUUGUGUUGCCCUACCACAGCCACAUAAUGAGAUGGAGCAGUUCCAGCUGCUCCAGUUGCAGAAGGAUGCAGGGAGGGACCGGACACAACAGCAGCAGGAUUGUGGCCGUAUCUGCUGGUGCUCUGUAGGCCAGAAGUUUACGAACCUCAGAGAGAUGAUCACAUUUUCCAAGGGUGCAGCACAGCCUGGCCCCACACUCCCUCAGAGCAUAGCUCCUGCUCCCAGCCUGGAUCUUUUUGGGGAGAGAAUUGUCUCCAGUCCAAAUCAAGUGCCAGGCUUUGUUAGAAACAUGCACCAGAGGCUAGCAUCCGAGGGACCUCCAGAGGACAGGCUGUUCAUGGACAUCCUGAGGCUGACUGAUGCACACCCCACUGAUGUUGCAGUGACCCUCCUGCGCUGUGCCCCAUCGUGUGACAGAGCUGCUGCAACCAUGUGGAAGACCAUAGCCUCAUCAGGAACAACAAUGGAAAAGGUGCUGCCAACACUGCUCAUUGUGCUGGAGGACUGGCCAGUGCGCAAAAUGUUCACCUCUGAUGGGGACAGUGAGAAUGUAUUUGCCUUGGCUGCAACCAGGGUGCUUUGGGAGGUUCUGCGCCUGCCCUGGUGCCCAGAGCCAUUUAUGGAAUAUUCCCCCCAUCUCCUUGUGGCUCUGCUGUACCAAGUUUUCAUCAGUACAGAGCAGACGACAGAGGAGGUCGAAACUUUCUGGACAAAAUGUCAGGAGGAACAUAACCUUCCCAGUAUCAACAGGUUUGCAAUGCAGACUGUGAGGGCACUGUUCCACCAUCUGCAGUGCCUGGAUAUACUGGUGGCCAUGGAACGCAAGAAUGGCUGGGACACGCUGCUCUAUGCUGACACCCACCACUAUGCUGUGGGUCUGCUGGCCAGGGAGAUUCGCCGUGUCUCCAUACCCAUGUGUUCCUGCAUUGCGCUCCGCCUGGUCAGGCGGCUCAGCAGGGAGGAGCCACUCUGGCAUCUUGCUGCCAUGGCCUUCCUUGUGGAGGUCCUGGAGUUCCUGGACUUCAGUGAAUGGGGUGACAGCAUCCUGGAGAUCAUGAUAAAGCACCUGCAGAGCGAGUCCAGGGACAGGUGUCACCUGGCUCUCAGAGGCCUCGAGGUGCUCAGCAGUGACCCCUCGAUGGCCAAAAAAAUGUGCAAGCUGUCUGGACGCCUUGUGGAGCUACUGAAGAAUGAAGAUGCAGAUGUGGUCAGGAUGACCCUCUCUGUGUUAAUGAAUUUACUCAUCAACAAAGACAUCCUAGUAUCCAGCCCCACAGCCCCAAAACUGGCUGAGGUGCUCCAGUCCCUCUUUGAUCAUGACAACCACCAUGUGCAGCUGCUCUCCAUUCGCCUUUACAAACAAAUGAUGGACUCAGUAGUGGGAAAGGGGAAAAAACGUAUCAAGAUGCUUGUGAGCGAGAGCCUGCUCCCACUCUUCUUCCACUGCCAUAACGUGAACGUGCGCGUGGCACAGGCCUCUCAGGAAACGCUGCUUGCUGUGGUGAAGUUCCUGAAGAGGAGGGAUCUUAAGCAGCUGCUGAAGAUGGAGGACCCGUGGAGCUUUGGCGAGCGUGUGCUGGCAGAGGACAGGGGCCGAGCGGCCGAGCACCUGCAUCGGGCUCUGCCCUACCUGGAGAGCCCACAGGAGCCCCUGCGAGAGGCCGCCGUCAGGACCAUCGGGAUCGCCGGGAUGCUCAUGAGGGGGCAGCCUCAGGAGCUGCAGCUCAUCUGUGAGGCCCUUCAAGCCCUUAAAACAGAUGAGAGCCCCUCCAACACAAACCUGAUUGUUCAAGUCAUGUUCGAUGAAAGAGCUGCAUCAUUAAAUUCAUCUUCAGGACAGUGCCAGCUCCCAUGCAGGAGGAGACCACCUGGAGAUCAGAGACCAGCUGAAGCUCCAGACACUGCUGGUGCUGUGCAAACCUGAGCUUUCUUGGAAGCUUGAGUAGCUCCCCGCCUCUCCUUCCCUCUUUACCGGUUCCUCCCUUCAACCCCCUUUUCCCUUUUCCUGCUCCCAGCUCAUCCCUCUGCUUUGCUUGCCGUGAAUAAACAUUUCAGCUUCUUCACCUUAUUUGUAUCUUUGUGGAGUAGAAGCGGACCAAAACCUGAGCCCUGGAGUACACAGGUCCCGUCCUGCCGUUCUUUUCUGCACUGC